AGCGAACCUUUGACCGGUUUCAAACGGAUUCGUUGGAAAAUAAGGUAUCCAGUGAGCGGACUGUAAACAGACGGGGUCACAGGUGCCCUUAUCAAACACCCAAACAGUAACUACUGCAGCGUCCAGCAGACAAUGACGCAAGGUGCGACAACUAUCCACCCGGUAAAAGCAACACUUGGUUUGGUCUACGUCAACAGGAGUGAGUGUAGACCUGCAAUACCACACUGACACACACACUUCUCUUACCUCAUUAUCCUCCAGAAAUAUACAAAAUGUCUGGUUGUACCUUUGCAGUGAGUGAGGGUGUGUUGAGGGUGGUGACGGAGGACGUAGUGCAGGCAUCACUGGUCUCUGACAAGGGUGCCGAGGCUACUUUGGUCUCCUGGACCACUGAGACCUUCACUGCUGCCUACGAUGGUGCCACUUCCGAAAUCGCCAACGUCAGGAUACAGUACACGCUGGCAGGGACAGCCGAAGAGGUGUCCUAUGUGGUGAAGGUGACGCCGAGCAGGGCACAAGAAAAAGAGUUUUACAGCAUCAUUUUUGCGAAAGAGUGCAACUUUUAUGCUGAGAUCAUCCCUGCCCUUAAUGCUGUACUCAAAGGCAUCGGGGAAAAGCCUCUGAGAUUUCCCAAAUGUGUUUACUCCAGCCUGGAGCCGGGGAAGGAGAUGAUCAUGCUAGAGAACUUGCAGGAACAGGGUUACAGCAUGCAAGAUAGAACAGUGGGAAUAGACGCUGCUCACAGCCUGCUGGUGCUGCAGGAACUAGCCAGGCUGCAUGCAGCUUCUCUGCUCCUGCAGGCCAUCACACCUCACCAACCCCUGGUACACAGGUUUCAGGCACUGCAGAAAGAAUGGACGAAAGAGUUUAACAUAGGGGGAGAUUUUGAGACAUUCAUAAGUAAUCAUUUGGACGAUGUAGUCGAGAUGUUUGAGAAGAUGGGCGGGUGUGAGGAGGUGGUGGCGUGGGUGAGGAAGAUCAAGCCUGAGGCCUGGACCCUGUACAAGCAGCAACUGGUCGCUACUCCACCAUUUGCAGUCAUCAACCAUGGCGACUGCUGGAUAAAUAACUUAUUGUUCAAGUAUGACAAAGACAAGAGGCCAGUAGAGGUGAAAAUGCUGGAUCUACAGUGCUGCCGUGUGGCCUCAGUAGCAACAGACCUCCUCCUCUUCCUCAAUUUGAACCUCACAGGACCUGUCCGUCGACCCAACCUCAACACCUUCCUGGCCUCCUACCAUGCCACCCUCACCAGCGUCAUGCAGAAGGGCAGCUCCAUCGUACCCUUCACUCUGGAGCAGCUGCAGCAAGAGUAUGUUGACAGGGGAUACUACGGCAUCCUCGAAUGCCUCAUGUGGCUGCCAAACACGGUUCGCCAGCCUGAGGAUAUGAUGGAUAUCCUGGACCGCACAGAAGAUGCCAGGAAUGCGGAGAGAGAUGAUGUAUUAGUAAUGGUAGACAGAAACCCUUUGCUUAAACCCCGUAUCAUCUCAGUCGUGGAAGAAUGGAUGGAAAGAGGUGUUAUCUCUUAGUAGUCUUUUCUCUAAAAAAUAAAUACAGUGGUCCCUCAUCGUCGUUAAUUCGUUCCUGGAAGUGCGAUGAUUAUCGAAAAAGACAAUUUUCGAAUCAAUUUUCCCCAUAAGAAAUAAUGUAAAUACAAUUAAUCCGUUCCUGACACCCAGAAGUAUUAAAACAAAAAUUUUUUUUACCUGAAAUAUAGAUGUAGUACAUAAAUAAUACAAUGGGACAUGAUGAGUGAAACAUUAACAGCAUAACACUUACCUUUAUUGGCGAUUCUUAGUGUAUGGAAGACUGGAGGAAGAGAGAGAUUGGAUUAGUUACUGUUUGGAAAGGGAAUCCCCUUCCAUCAACACCUCAGGCACCAAGUGCUUUUCUGAGGUUACUUCUCUGUUUCUUAAUGCCACUAGGAACAGCUUGAGAGUCACUGGAGUCCUGUCUCACAAAAAAAGUGUCCAGAGAGCUCUGUUUCUGGCAUCUCAUUAAAACUUCCCUAAAAUGGGCCAAGACUCUGUCACUGUACAAAUUGCCAAUAUGGCUUGCAACAUCCUUCUCAGGGUGAUGUUUCUCCAUAAAUCUUUCCAUCCUACCCCACAUUUCACCAUGCCUUAUCACACUGUAUGCCACUACGCUUCUUAAAUCUCUCAAACCCACUUUUGCUGGCCUUAAAUUCACAAUUAUCAGUACUCGUUGCAGGCAAUUUCUUUACCAGAUCGUCAUGCAGCUGCUUAGCAUUUUCACAAAUAAUCGACGUCAUAAGAGUAUCUCCUGCUAAUUGAUUCUCGUUUAUCCACACCAAUAAUAACUUCUCAACAUCUUCGAGUACUGGUGAUCUCAAUUUUGUCAGCAUAUUUACCCCUGCAACAACAGCUUCCUUGAUUUCCUUUUUCUUGACCACGAUGGAAGAUAUGGUUGUACGGGAUUUGUUAUACAUCCUGGCCAGUUCGGCCACAUGUACGCCACUUUCAUAUUGUUCAAUGAUGUUUUUCUUAAAUUCAAUCGUAUUUCUCACUUUCUUUACCAAAGGCUUGGCACUAGGAGCUUUCUUUGGAGCUAUGGUAGCUUAUUUAGCACUUGCAAGCACUAAAAUGAAUGGAAUAUUAUGAAAUAUUUCGUAUGAACAAGUGAGGGGACCGUCGCUCACUGGUAAACAAUGGCACACUGGCUGGAAAGGGAGGCCGAAGCGGCUCAGAGUGUGAGUACACGUCCCGGAUGAAGAACGAUUAGCGAGUAAACUGACCAUUUGCGAGCCAAUGUUUGGACAAGAAUAACGCUACGAUUUCCAUAAAGGACAACUAUCGAGCCGGACGAUUAUUGAGGGACCACUGUAUGGAAACAGAUGUAUGGAAAGAAAUACAUGUAACACUGUUUUUAUUUACUAGGCUAUCCUACGUGAAAUCUGCAUUUAAAUUAGUGUGAGUAAAAACUUAUAGAAAAUCCAUGAAGCAGUCCCCAAAUUUUGACAGUCGGUACGAGCCUCUGGAGGGCACCAAGCUAAAGCUUGGUAUUUUCUGAAAGCAACAUUUAAAUAGAACAAAGAGUUGCCUAACAGUCAACAGGUUAGCAUAGUUUCGGCAUAGCCAAAAUAAUGUGAAGAGCAGCUGUUGUCUGCUGUAGCUGCCAGUAUAUUUAUCGGGCAUUUAUGUACAUGUAAACAAAACAGUAAAAGUAAUGUUAAAGAUAGUUCAGGGAGUUCUAAUAAACAUUUAAUAUAAUCAAACCUUGGCAGAUAUUGCAAGUGUAUAGAAUAGGUAGUAAGUUACUAAAUGCUGUAAAGAGCUUUUAAUGAGGAUUGUGAGGCUCAGGUUAGGGUGUGUAGAAGAGAGGGAAAUUAGUAUUUCCCAGUAAAAGUAGGUCUUAGACAGGGAUGUGUAAAGUCACCAUGGUUGUUUAACAUAUUUAUAGAGGGGGUUGUAAAAGAAGUGGUGUGGAGAGGGUGGAAUUAAAAUAUAUGGAAUCAAAUAAUAAAAUGGGAGGUGACACAGUUACUUUUUGCUGAUGAUAUUGUGCUUUUGGGACAUUCAUUAAGAGAAGUUGCAAAGGUUAGUGGACAAGUUUGGGAGGGUGUGUAAAGGAAGAAAGUUGAAUGUGAACAUAGAUAAGAGAAUGUGGUGAGGGUAUCAGACGAGUUAGGUAAGGAAAAACUGGAUAUCAGAUUGAAGGGGGGGAGUAUGGAAGAAGUGCAUAUGUUCAGAUAUUUGGGAGUAGAUGUGAAGGUUCUCUGUACAUUUCCUAGAUCAACAAUUUCACCUGCUUUGAAAGGUGCUGUUAGUGUUCAGCAAUAUUCCAGCCUAGAUAGAACAAACAACCUGAAGUGUGUCAUCAUGGGCUUGGCAUCCCUAGUUUUGAAGGUUCUCAUUAUCCAUCCUGUCAAUUUUUGCAGCAGAUGCGACUGAUACAAUGUUGGGUCUUUGAAAAUGAGAUCCUCUGGCAUUAUCACGCCAAGGUCUUUUACAUUAG